CAGUAGCUUGAAAAACUCAAGAACAUAUCUUGUCUGGGCUGAAAUAAUAUAUUUUCACAAGAGGCAAAACAUCUUUUAGCAGAAAGAAGUCCAACACAGGCCAGUCAUUGUACAUUGUAUAUGUUUGCAUGUAAAUUCCUUAUAGGUAUCAGACUGGGCGUGUCAACUGGCCAAGGUAUUUAUUGCCAUUUAUCAGACAGUUAUGGAGUAUUGUGCAUUAGUGCUAACAGUCUGUCUGCUCUAUGUGACCAUGUAUUAAAUAUAUAUAUAUAUCUCACAAACACCUGCACAGAUCCAGGUACAGCAAAGAUAUGCUUGGGGUAAUUCCAUGAGCAUUCCAGAUUAUCCUCCAGGAUGAAAGGUGAGCUCAGGGCGUGUUGCAUUACACCGAUGAUAAGAACACUAGGUGCCAAAGGUUACACUGGCAGAUUCUUUUUUUUCUAUUCACAAAGACUACAGAAAACCUGUGUUGCAGAACCUGGGAUCCUCAUUAUCUACCAUGGAAAGAAUGGGAUGCAGGACCCUGUUAGUUAUUGCACUAAUAACAAUGAACCAUCUCCUCCCGGCACAGGCUCAGUGGCUAAUAUUUGCGGACCGGUCCAAGGAAAAAGAGAUCACUACUCCAAAACCCACAAGCCCUUCGCCCACUUUUGAGGACUCAGACAAUGAGCUUGAUGAGAAAACUGAAAGCAUCAAGCUAACUCCACCUCCCCUGCCAGAGAUGCCUCACUUUACGGUACCUCCGGAAGUAAACAAAGAGACUAUUCCCCAGACAGACCAUCCAGUAACCCAGAAACAAACCACUACUUCUGUAAAGCCUACUACUACAGCCAUGAAGACAACCACAGCCACGACACAGGGGCCUACAACCCUGAAGGAGAUUGCUCCAACAGUUGGUAAUAUAAAGGCAAAAGAAAGAGAAACGCCUAGAAAUGAGUUGAAUGAGACCCCUAACUAUAUUGAAACUACAACAGAACAACACACCAAGGCGAUAACUACACCUUAUGUGGCUCUACAUGAGACCACCCAACUCCUGAGAACAACAUCUUACCAGGAUCCCCUUCCUGAUGGUCAAGAAUUUGCUGAAUCGAUACCACAGAGCGCAACAUCACUGCCCGAUGCCGAUAAACCCAAGAGCGAUGAGGAGGAAGAAGAUUUUAGUCUUCAGGAAAGCAUUGUGGGAAAUGAGGAUCUUGGACCACAAGGGGUGACACUGCCAAUCAGAAUUUCGGAUUCAGGCCCUGACAAGCUCAAUCUCUCAGGCUGUACCUGUCCUGCUGUACCUGGGCCUCCAGGAUUAAAGGGGGACAUGGGAGAACCUGGAUCCCCAGGACUUCCAGGAAGCCCAGGUCGAACUGGUGAAAGGGGCCAUAUGGGGAUGCCUGGACCACCAGGCCCCCAGGGUCCUCCUGGACCUCCGGGAAUUCCAGGACAACCUGGAACAGUGGAGAUAUUCAAGGGCCAAGGAAGUGGAAAUGAGGUUGUUGUGGAACGUCCUGGUCCUCCAGGGCCUGAAGGACAGCAUGGACCUCCAGGGCUUCAAGGUCAUCCAGGAAUACAAGGUCCUGAAGGUCCGCAAGGCCCCCCUGGACCUCCUGGACUCCCAGGAGCUCCAGGACACCCAGGGCACCCUGGAUCUAUGGGUCCAAAAGGAGAUCAGGGUCCGCAGGGUCUACCAGGUUUAAGAGGUCCCCCAGGCCAGAGUGGGAUUCAGGGUUAUGAGGGACUCCAAGGACAAGAAGGCCUAAGAGGACCAGAAGGACCACCUGGACCCCAGGGUCUACCUGGAAUACAAGGCCUCCAGGGACUUCCUGGCCCAGAGGGCAGUCCUGGCAUGGCAGGGGUACCAGGGUUGCCUGGAAUGGAUGGAUUACCUGGAAUGCUAGGUCAACAGGGACCGGAAGGGGCUCCUGGAAUUCAAGGUCCUAUUGGUCAAAAGGGAGACAAAGGGGACACUGGACUUCCUGGAAUCCAUGGGCUUCAGGGGGAAAAGGGAGAGCCGGGCCCACAGGGACCACCAGGGCCUGUAUCUCAAGCAUUGUGCUGUAAUGGAGAUAUUGCUUCGUCAUUGCCUGCCCUAGUGCCUGGGCCCCAAGGACUUAAGGGAGAAAAAGGAGAUCCAGGAGAGGGCUGUGUUAAUCACUGCAGUGAAAUACUUACUAAUGAAAUUAGACCUCCUGGAGCUCAGGGCCCACCAGGUCCUCCAGGACCCCCCGGACCACUAGGACCCCCCGGACCACCAGGACCCCCUGGACCCCCACAAAGUAAUUUGCCUUCCCGAUUCCAAGAGGAUAGAAGAUCAGAUGUAUAUGGCUCUCUGCUGUACUCUGGUCUACCUGGAAGCCCAGGUGUGCCAGGACCUCCAGGCCCCCCCGGACCCCCAGGGGUGGUCUACAUCAAUAGAGUGUAUCCUGUGCCGCCGCGGCCACACUGCAAGCAGACGGAACCCAGUGAAGAAUCAAAGAAUACAAAACCUGAUCCAGCUUCUGAGCCUCAGAAAUAUCUAAAGAGUUGGAUAUUUCAGACCAAGGAUGAGAUGUUCCAGGCAUGGGAGGAAGUGACAGAGGGGGGUUUGGUCUAUGUGAGGGAUCAAAAUGCUGCCUACUUCCGGACUAGUAUAGGUUGGAGUAAAAUUCUGUUAGAGGAUAUAGAUCCCCUGUUAUCUGCUGAUGAUCCAUCGAUCCCAGAAGACUUUGCAAAAGAAGAAUCUCAGAGUAGUAGUGCCCACGUGUCAGUGCCACCCAGUCUCAGUAACCGAAUACCCUCUCUACGCUUGGUGGCUCUCAAUGUUCCAGUGUCGGGUGGCAUGAGUGGGAUCAGAGGAGCUGACCUGCAGUGCUACCACCAGGCCCAGGAGAUGUCCCUUUAUGGAACCUUCAGAGCUGUUCUGACCUCCUCCAGCCAAUCCCUGUCCUCCAUAGUGAAAAGGACAGACCAGAAUCUUCCCAUAGUGAAUAUAAGAGGAGAUCUUCUCAUGAUGAACUGGAAUUCCCUUUUGGAAAAUCAUUCCAGACCAUUUAAGUCUAGCGCUCCUAUUUACUCGUUCAAUGGAAGAAACAUUCUCACGGACACUCUCUGGCCACAGAAAGCAUUCUGGCAUGGUUCAAGCCAAAAGGGGAACAGCAUACGUAACAGGAACUGCAGGGAAUGGAGGAGCAGCAGUGUAGCAGAGGGGCUUGGAACACCCUUGACAGGGAGAUGGAUCCAGGACAGUGACUCCUACGGGUGCUCAAAACAACUUGCUGUCCUGUGCAUUGAAAUAGCCUUCCCCUAUCUGCACAUGUGGUGAGCUGAGGAUAUGUACAGAGCUUACUGAAUAGGAGAACAGGAAAUGCAACACCUUCCAGGAUAUGCCCAAGAUGUUACCUUUCCAACUGCUGCUGUGGCCCUCUGGGCUGGAUGAGUAGAGAACUGUGGGCCCCUGCUAGCUCUAAUAUUGAGAGUAGUCCCUUAUUUUAAUUUUUUUUUCUUGUUGUUGUUUUUGGGUGGCGGUAAAGACAAAAAACAAUCUGAGGUCUGUCUGUCUAUGUUACAUUCAAAAUGGAUUCUAAAGGAGAACUAAAUUUUUCGAACUGCCGUUCUGAUGAAUAUCCAUAAACACUCUAUUGUAGAAUGUAAUCAUUCUUUUAAUGACAGGACUUUGGUUGAGCUCUAGAGCAAAAUCCAAGAUAUACAGUAUAUAUAUAAUCAAGGUCUCUGCAAUAGGUUUUUUAAUGUAAAAUUUGAAAUAAAGCAUUUUGUACAAUA